UCUCAGGGCCCAAGGUCCAGUGUGGGUGGGUGGGGUGUGUAGGGAAGGGGGUGCAUGGAGGAGGACAUCUGGCUUCCCUUCCUGUAAAAAAGGCUCUGGACAGGGUCAGCGUAUCCCGGAGAAAGGCCGACCAUGGAAGAUGGUGAGAAGGAAAGUGGUGACACCCCUCCUGGGCUGCCGGUGAAAUAUAAAGCUGGAUGGCUGAAGAAAAGCAGUGGAUUGCUGGGACUUUGGAAAGAUCGUCACAUUGUGCUUCUAAAAACCCAGCUUUUGCUGUGCGAGAGUGAGAAUGACCAGAAAGGUGAGACACUGGAGCUUGCAGACUAUGAACGGUGCCAAGAUCAAAAAAGCUUUCUAAAGCGCAAGCGGCACUUCAUCCUCAUCCCCUCACCUCAAACCAAGGGGCAAGAUCUGAAGUUUCAGACCAGGAACGUAGAAGAGAGAGACGCAUGGAUCCAAGCAUUGAAUGAGGGCAUCAACCGAGGCAAAAACAAAAUUUUCGAUGAGGUGAAAAUAGACACCAGUUGCUCCUUAGAACAUGUGACCAGGGAACGGGCCCAGAAGGGAGCGGCAAAGAGAAGACCUCCUACCAGGAUCCAUCUCAAAGGGGUGGCUGAAGCUGCUGAAGAUGGAUCUUCACGAUUAGACCUAGAACAAUUGGAAGGUGUGGUACAUAAGCCAUCUAAGUCUGAAGAUACACAGGUACCUCCUGAGCAGGAACCUGUGAGGAUCCCUACCCCUCAACCAGAGCCAGUUUUGGUCACAGAGAAGAAACCUGUGAAAAUUCCUGUUCCGCCACCAAAACAAGACCCUGUGCCAGAGAAGGAACACACAAAGAUACCUACGCUACCUCCAGAUCAGAUUUCGGAACCAUCGUCCAUAGGAAAGCCCCAUCUGGAUAAAACAGCCAGUGCUGCACCAGUCAUUCAACCUCCAUUACCACCUCCCAAAAUUCUUAAAGAAAGCAUUUAUGCAAGAGAGAAACUCUUGUCUGAAGGUGGAAACACAAACCCUGAAGAAAAAUCAGAUCUCAAAACAACUGUUAGCGGGAGCAGAGAAAACUUGGUAGAUAACAAUUAUCCUCCCAAACCUCCCCCAAAGAUCUUAUCUGACAAAAUGAAGAUUAAGUGGGAGGGAUCCACUUCAGAUCUGUUGGACAAGGAUACUAUAAAGCCAGUUGACAGAGGGAGCAAAGAGAAUCUAGUGGAAUUUGAUUCUGAUGAACUUGGAAAGACUGAUCUUGAGUCAGCUGUGUUGUCUGAUGAAGCAGAAGAACCAGAGCUGAAUGAUGAUUUAAACAGCCAACUGUAUAAUGACCAGGACAUCUUUGAUCAACUAGAUGAGAAAACCACUGAAGAAGUUGAAAAAAGUUUUGAAAAUUCUGAACCUAAAGAAAUGCUUGAACCUAGUGAAGUGCAAAAGAAGCAAAUGGUUAAAGAAGAGGCUUUUGAAGACUCUGGUUGCAGCCAAAGCAUGGAAGAACAAUCCUCAGAAGAACAAAGCACACUAAUUCCAAUUAAUUCUACAUCAGCAAAGUCAACAUUUCCUGAAAGGAUACCCAGAUCCUCUUCACUGGGAGAUUUCCUUUCAGAAGAUAGUAUGGGUUUUGAAAGGAGCAGUGGACAUAAAAAGCCAAUGUUGCAUCUUACUAAGGACCAUCUGCAACAAGUUGAAAUGAAGCUUGCCCGUGGAAGGGAGAACACAGAAACACUUUUAAAUCAGGUAUUGCAGGGUGAGCUUAUGAAAAGUCCUGAAGGCAAUGGGCCAGAGGCAGAGACACUUCUAAAUGAGGCUAUGAAACAACUCAAAGAGGCAUCAGAAGUAUUACAAGAGUUACAAGAAUCCAAUAACAGAUCAACUGAUGUGGCUGGGGCAGUUACCUUGAAAAAGAGUGACCUGGUGACUGUGUACAGGAGAAGUGUCCCUUAGUCUUCGCUCUAGUGUCCACAUAAUAAUACUGAGAAUAAACCUUAGAAGUGGAGUUAUGUGAUAAGUACCACCUUUCAAAAAAAGCUUCAGCACUUUAACCUUCUCCCCCUUCUGUGCCAGUGUUUCCUGUGUAUAGUUUUGGGAAAGAACAUUGUAGAUUAUUGUACACAAGCCUUAAUGUUGACCAGCUCAGCUAAAAUUGAUUUGAAAUGCAUUAUGUAUAAAUUUAAAUAGAGUAAUUCAUCAGAAAGUCCCAUAUGGGUUCAGGUUACACUCCAUUAUACCCGCGUAGAAAAACAGAUGUAAUAUUUAAAUAUAUUUGUGAUUAAAAACUGUAUAUAAAAGAGUUUUUUUUAAAAAACGCUGAUUAAAUGUUACAUUAAAGUGGACGUGUCUUCUAACAAGACAGACGAAUGUCUAUCUUGGCCUUAGGUCAUUUGAAUUUACCUGUAAGUUAUAAUGAUCUUUUUGCUAUAAUAAAAUGACAUAUUCUUCUGAAUUACUAUAUAACUCAUUUGGAAAGGCUAGCCAUUGGGCAGUGGGGAAAGGUAAAAUAAAGCAGUUCUUUGAAAGCUGAAAAUGAUUACUUCUUCGAAAGGCAGGCCAAGUUGUUGGGGCACCCUAGGCAACCCUAGGAAGGCCAGCUCUCAGCCCUUCAUCACCACCUCCUAAAUUCUUAAAGAAAACAUUUAUGCAAGAGAGAAACUCUGAAGGUGACAAGGGCAUUACUCUACUACCUACCCCUAGUUCUGACCCUGACGUCUUCUCAGAGGUUAUACCAUGUACAGGAACAGUCAGGAGGAGAAACAGAAGGUCUCUUUGGCUAAUGUUGUACAGUGAUACAUCCACUUUAAUGACUAUGAUGAUUUAUCAGAGACUACUGGAGUGAUAGGUUGUAUAAUAAAUGUAUUAAUACUGUGUCUGGUAUAGGGAUGCACUGAAUCCACUUUUUUGGAUUCGGCUGAACCCCAGAACCCUUUGCGAAAGAUUCGGCUGAAUACCGAACCGAUUCUGAACCCUAAUUUGCAUAUGCAAAUUAGGGGUGGGAAGGGGAAAACAUUUUUUACUUCCUUUUUUGUGACAAAAAGUCAUGUGAUUUCCCUCCCCACCCCUAAUUUACAUAUGCAAAUUAGGGUUCGGAUUUGGUUCGGCCAGGCAGAAGGAUUCGGCCGAAUCCGAAUCCUGCUGAAAAAGGCCGAAUCCUGGCCGAAUCCCAAACCGAAUCCUGGAUUCGGUGCAUCCCUAGUCUGGUAACUAGGGAUGAGCCAGCACAAUUGAAAUAGAGUCAUUACACCUUGCCUUGAUGUCAUGAGAUUUAAAAUAAAAUCAAGCCAGGGACCAGGGUUUAGUGCCUGAUUGUAGGUCUAUCUUUAAAGAGUUCCUUGUGCACUAUAAGUUAAUAUAAUAUAAUAAUAUUCUUCUUUUCUGGUUUUUGAGAUUUUUGCUUGCUUCUAACGCCUCAAAUUGCUGAUUGUCCUGACCAUUCCCUGUAUAUUGACUGUAUAGAGACUGUUUUACUCUUCAGAUACUACACUAUUGCACUUUGGCCUGUUCUCCGGUGUCAAGCUUUCUCCUAAUUCCCUCAAAGGCCAUGCGGCCGAGACAGUCAAGUCAACUUUCCGUUCAUAUAUACAUUGCUGCAUAUUUCUUAGGCUUGCACGUCUCAUUGUCAACUUCCCAAUUCUCUUUUCUGUGACUUUUUGUUAUUUUGACCAGCUAAAAAGUGUCUACUCUAAAUCAUAGUACAAAAGUUUGCUACCAUGGAAGUUUAUAUUUUAUAUGACAGGCAGGAAGUUAUUGAGAACUUAUGAUUGUGGGACUGUUUUCAUGUUCCAUGUGGGAAACGUGACUCUGAAAAAAAAACUUUCACUGAAAAGAGGCUAGCCAUACAAACCAGAAAUAGAAGCACAUACAGGGGGUAAUUUAUUAAGUUCCAAAUUUUUCUGUUCGGGCUUUUAAAGGGGAAAAUACCACUAUUUUGAAGGGAAAAAAACCUCAAAUUUUUUGAAGUCCGAUCGUGUUAAAAGUCCAGUGAAAAAAGUCCCAUUAACAAUUGUAAGAUUUUCUGGGUUGCGUUGGGUUUCUGAAAGAAUCUUAGCUUUCGGGGCAAUUUUACGAAAAAAAUUGUAUGUUUCAGUAAAAAAAUCUGGAAAAAUAGUAGGAUUCUGAUUUUUUUAAUGACUUUAUCAUGGCUUUUACCGCUCAAGAAAAACUUGUGAAAGUGUAUUGAUAAAUACUGUAGGGGGAAAAAGUCUGUCCGGUUUUAGUCGGAGUCGUUUUCAGAAAAUAGUGAGAACUUUUCGGAUUUUGAUAAAUAACCCCCACAGAAAUGUCUUCAAUGAUUAAUCAGCAAGUUCAGAUGUUUUAGAAUUACCUAUACUAGAUAAACCCCCCACAGACUUUAUUGUACAGUAUGAUGCUAAUUGCUAAUAUCGGAAAUAUAUCAGUGUUACAUAGUUUCCAUAAGGUUAAAUCCAUGUCUGAUUGUUCAAAAUCGGGGGAACCCUGGAGCUACAGCCACCUCCUCACCAAGAAUUAACUCUAGGGCUCACUUUGCACCCAGAAUCAAUGGGCAUUGUGUCCUUGCAUCUAAAGAAUCAGACGCACCCAUCGCUCGCAUGUUAAACAUUACAAAUCAUGCCAGACAGACUUCCAUGCAAUUGCAUCUGGUUUGUGACGAAACGCGUGUACGUUUGACUACAAUGAUGCUGGAAUUCUGGGAGGGAGAAAUGAUGAUUGUGCUCAGAACUACCUUUUAUAGGUAGCAAUGCUUCUGCCUAAACAGUUCAGUAUUCUGCUUGUCUUCCAUUUAUCAUUUGCUGAUUUCUUCUUAAGUAAUAAAAAAAUUAAUCUGCA